AGCAAAACCAACUUUCCUAUUUCAUCUCCCAAUCAUAGCGGCCACAAUCAACGUUCGAUCUAACCUUUAGCUUUAGAUUCACACUCCCCCUCUCUCACUCACACACAUUUUGCAUUUCCAUCCGAAAACUAGGAUCCAAUCCGUUUCCACUGAUUUAUUAUUUUGCUUUGUUUUGGAUCUCUGUAUUGUUGGAUUCAAGAGAAAUGUCGAAAGCUGGUGCAUUGGAUCUCGCUACUGGUCUUGGCGGAAAGAUCGAUAAAAGUGAUGUUCUCUCUGCUGUCGAGAAGUAUGAGAAGUAUCAUGUCUGUUAUGGAGGUGAUGAGGAAGAGAGAAAAGCCAACUACUCUGACAUGGUUAAUAAAUAUUAUGAUCUUGUUACCAGCUUUUAUGAGUUUGGCUGGGGGGAGUCUUUCCAUUUUGCUCCUAGAUUCAAAGGGGAGUCUCUUCGCGAGAGCAUCAAGCGACAUGAACACUUUCUCGCUUUACAACUUGGCCUGAAACCUGGACAGAAGGUGUUGGAUGUAGGAUGUGGAAUUGGCGGGCCUUUAAGAGAAAUUGCUCGAUUCAGCUCAACAUCAGUAACAGGGUUGAACAACAAUGAGUAUCAGAUAUCAAGGGGAAAGGAACUAAAUCGCACUGCAGGAGUUGACAGGACCUGUGAUUUUGUGAAGGGUGAUUUCAUGAAAAUGCCAUUCCCUGAUAACAUUUAUGAUGCUGUAUAUGCAAUUGAAGCUACCUGCCAUGCACCAGAUGCAUAUGGAUGCUACAGUGAGAUUUACAGGGUAUUGAAGCCAGGACAAUGUUUUGCUGCAUAUGAGUGGUGCAUGACUGAUUCUUUCGAUCCACAUAACCAAGAACAUCAAAAAAUUAAGGCAGAAAUAGAGAUUGGUGAUGGCCUUCCAGACAUCAGGUUGACUGGACAAUGCAUUGAUGCUCUAACGAAAGCUGGUUUUGAGGUCAUAUGGUCAAAAGAUCUUGCAGUGGGCUCACCUGUGCCAUGGUACUUGCCUUUGGACACAAGUCACUUCUCACUGAGUAGCUUCCGUUUAACAGCUGUUGGGAGAUUCUUUACAAAAAAUAUGGUCAAAGCCCUGGAAUUUGUAGGACUUGCUCCCAAAGGAAGUCAAAGGGUUCAAGAUUUUCUUGAGAAGGCUGCAGAGGGAUUAGUUGAAGGUGGAAGGAAGGAGAUUUUCACCCCGCUGUUUUUCUUCGUGGCUCGGAAGCCACAUUCAGGGAGCCAGUGAUCUGGUGCAAACUCUGCUGCUUUAGUUAUUUAAAUCUUCCUGGGCACCGUGAUGGGUAGUGUGUUUCUUAGACUGACUUUUGACAAUGCUAGGCCACUACUGUCUUGUGAUUAUCUCAAAACUCUCCAGUUUUCUGAGUUGAUUUGUGUUGUACCUCUUGAUAUUUGCUCGAUAAAUUUCAUCGGCUUUCUGUCCUCAACCAAUCCAACGGGCAAAACUUUACACUAA